AAGAAAACCUUGCAAAAAUCAACCAAUCGCCAAAUCACAAUGCCCGAUCGUCAUCGUCAUCAAGAAAACGUGAGUUAUAACAAAGCUUAAAUUUUUCUUGCGUCUCAAUCAUUUUAACAAGAAACCCUUAAUUCCUUCCAAGAAAUCAGGGAUACCCACAAUGGAGAUAGCCCUUUUUCUUGGAUAUUGACAGUGUGUGUGUGAUAAGAGAUAGCUAUAUAUAUAUAUAUAUAUAUAUUUGGAUAUUGACGAAAUUGUAAAGAAUGUCGCUGCCGUUUAUGAAACUUGGAACACUUGCAGUGAGAACCAUAAGCAAGCCCAUCGCUAAUAGGCUUAAAAAACACGCCGCCGUUAGCCCUGAAUUUCGAACUGCCAUUAUUGGUAUUGCUCAGGCAAACCAUCGGUUCACGACAACAAUACAAAGGCGAAUAUAUGGGCGUUCAACAAAUGUUGAAAUUCGGCCUUUGAACGAGGAGAGAGCUGUUCAGGUAGCAGGGGACCUUAUUGGAGAAAUAUUUGUUUUCACGGUUGCAGGAGUUGCCCUUAUUUUUGAGGUGCAAAGAAAUGCUAGAUCAGAGGCUAAAAAGGAAGAAAUCCGUAAGCAAGAAAUUGAGUCCUUGUGGCAACGAGAUGAAGAAGUAGCAAGACAGGUGGAGCUUCUCAAGAAAAGAAUCAACGAACUUGAUCAGCAGAUCGCCAAUGCAAAAGCGUUAGCUGGUAGUCAAGCCAAAUAUACCAAGUAAGCAAAGUCGUCCUCUUGACCACGUCUUGGCUGCAAAUAAUGCAAUUAUACUUGAUUCUUCACGGGUAUUUCACCAAACACUUCAAAUUCUACAAUGAGAUACUAUUCAUGACUUAAAUAGUUAAAUCCAGUUAUUCCUAGAUUUGCGAUGUGAUUUGUCAGAUAGAUCAUGUUGGAAUGGAAAAUUAUAGCAAAUUGCCCAUUUUAUCUUUGAUGGGCUAUGGGGGUACUUUAAAAAGUAAUUUUGUGUUGGUGAAGUCUCUUUAUGCAUUCUUAAUAUGUUAUUUUAUGAUUUUGAAUGCAAGAAUUAGAAUUUGGUGUGCUUAUUAGCAUGAGAUUA